AUGCCGAAUGCUCAAGACUGGCAGACUGCAAAUGGAGUACCCUCGGACUCGAGCCGAACCCUCUUAGCAAUCUCGGAUGUCCCUGUCGCUCUCUUGAAAGCAGAACUUCUUCGGCGAGAUGGAGCUUCGGGCGAUGCGCCGGCAUGCGGUUCUAAAGAGCGGGGGACCUACAAUACCCCAUUGCAUGUCAUGGCAUUGUUCCUCAUCCUCGGUCUGAGUACAUUCGCAUGCUCUUUCCCAGUCAUAGCACGCCGUUUCCCUGGCCUUCCGAUUCCCCGUCGAUUCCUCUUCAUAUCGAGGCAUUUCGGAACAGGUGUAUUGAUCGCGACAGCAUUCGUACAUUUGCUCCCCACAGCAUUCGUCUCCUUGACCGAUCCAUGCCUGCCUCGGUUCUGGAGUCAAUCAUACCGUGCUAUGGCAGGGUUUGUUGCAAUGAUAUCCGUAUUUGCGGUAGUUCUGGUAGAGAUGUUCUUUGCAAUGAAAGGCGCAAAGCAUGUGCAUGGAAGCGAAUAUGAUAACCUCAUUGGCGAGGUUAGGCGCGACUCUAUAAGUGAUGGGUUAAUACAAGAUGCAGAUGACUUGGCAUUAGAGGCCGGGCAGGUUGCGGACAAUAUCAAUCUGGAUAGCAUUGAGCACAGCUCUAAGUCACGCGUGGUGGGAGCUUCUGAUGAAUUUGAUCGACAUCAUCUUUCAGCUGAUAAGAUGGACGAUGUUGAUGAACUGGAUGGGCUGGAUGACUACAUGGAUGACGAUCGACUUAUCAAUGGACAAGUAACGCCUUCCACGCAGUCACAGUCCAUCCACCGGCCACGGGAUCAACAGCACCCACACUCUGGUAUCGUUGGGCCCAAUCCGCAGCGUCAGCUUCUACAAUGCCUUCUCUUGGAGGCCGGCAUCUUGUUUCACAGCGUCUUCAUUGGUAUGGCGCUUAGUGUUGCAACUGGCACGUCCUUCGUUGUUCUCUUGAUUGCAAUCAGUUUCCAUCAGACAUUUGAAGGUUUUGCUUUGGGUUCUCGGAUUGCAUCGCUCAUACCGGAUCUAUUUGCGCCGAAUUCCUUAAAACCAUGGCUCAUGUCACUUGCAUAUGGAACAACAACUCCCGUUGGCCAAGCCAUCGGUUUGGUUCUACACAAUUUCUACGAUCCUGCUAGCACAACAGGUUUACUUAUGGUUGGCAUUACCAAUGCCAUCAGCAGCGGUCUUUUACUCUUUGCAGGUCUGGUGGAACUCCUGGCCGAGGACUUUCUGAGUGAACCGAGUUAUGAGACCCUCAGGGGCAGACGUCGUGUUGAGGCUUGCGUGUCUGUUGCCUGUGGUGCCUUGCUCAUGGCAUUUGUCGGUGCAUUUGCUUAA